CACACACACUCCCUUUUCUCUCUGUCACCCCUUUCAGACCCACUCCCUUCUCUCUCCGCUGAGGAGCGUCGUUGUUAUACCUCGCUCCCCGUCCGCCAAGUCCUCACGGAGUGUACAAAACUGAACCAGAGAAAACACUUCAAUAAGCAGGGAGCGUUACCGAGAACAGAAAACUACCAAGGGAAGGGGGGAGAGGAGAAUUCGGAGGGCAAACGACAGUGGAGAUCCCCAACAAAUACCGAGCUGACGAUGAGUCGCAGCAUCGCAUGCGACAGAGUAAGUUCCGGCACGUCUUCGGCCAGGCGGUGAAGACGGAGCAGGGCUACGAUGACAUACGCGUUUCCAAGGUGACGUGGGACAGCUCGUUCUGUGCCGUCAACCCAAAGUUCCUGGCCGUCAUCGUGGAGUCCAGUGGGGGCGGAGCCUUGCUCGUCCUGCCCCUCUCUAAGAUGGGUCGUCUGGAUAAGAACCACCCGUUGGUAACUGGCCACACUGGGCCCGUCCUGGACAUCGACUGGUGCCCUCACAACGACAACAUCCUGGCAUCCGGCUCAGAGGACACCACCGCCAUGGUGUGGCAGAUCCCUGACCAGAUGGGGACCCGGCCCAUAUCAGAGCCCAUCGUGGUCCUGGAGGGACACUCCAAACGCGUCGGCAUUGUCACCUGGCACCCCACUGCACGCAACAUACUACUCACUGCAGGCAGUGAUAACCUGAUAAUAAUCUGGAACGUGGGAACUGGCGAGGCCCUCAUCUCCAUGGACGACCACCCAGACCUCAUCUACAACGUCAGCUGGAACCGUAACGGCAGCCUGUUCUGCACCACCUGUAAGGACCGACGGCUCCGCGUAUGUGACCCCCGCAAGAGAGAGGUGGUCGCGGAGAGGAUGACUCCACAUGAGGGGAUCCGACCAAUGAGGGCCAUCUUCACCAGAGACGGAAACCUGUUCACUACCGGCUUCACCAGGAUGAGCCAGAGAGAGCUGGGGCUGUGGGACCCGACACAGUUUGAGGAACCUAUUGCACUGUUGGAGUUGGACACAAGUAACGGUGUGUUGCUACCAUACUACGACCCAGACACCAACAUGGUUUACCUCUGUGGAAAGGGGGACAGUAGUAUCCGGUACUUUGAAAUAACAGAGGAACCUCCCUAUGUCCACUACCUCAGUACCUUCAGCAGCAAGGAGCCUCAGAGGGGGAUGGGCUUCAUGCCCAAGAGAGGAAUGGAUGUCAGCAAGUGUGAGAUUGCCAGGUUAUAUAAGCUCCAUGACAAGAAGUGUGAGCCCAUUGCCAUGACAGUACCUAGAAAGUCGGACCUGUUCCAGGAUGACCUGUAUCCAGACACGGCGGGUCCCGACCCGGCCCUGGAGCCAGAGGAGUGGCUGGAGGGGCAAGAUGAGGACCCCAUCCUUCAGUCCAUGAGGGACGGCUACGUUCCUCCCAAGAGCCGCGAGCUCAAAGUGGCCAGGAAGAAUGUUCUGGACUCCAGACCCACCCCCAGACGCAGCAUGUCUUCCUGCGACGGCUCAGCCAACCUGCCCCCUCAGUUGGUAGAGCGGUUGUUGGAGGAAGUUCAGAAUCUCAAGGCGACAGUUCUGUCUCAGGAGAAGAGAAUCUGUGACCUGGAGAAUAAACUAUCCAAAGGAUAGGUUUUGCCGAAAGGUUUCUCACUCUAAGUGCGUCUGGAUCACACACACACCUUAUCCGUCCAUCGCCGACCAACACUCAGUAAUUACCAUCUCUGGAUCUGUCAACCUUCUCAAAAUGUAAAUAGUGCGAUAUAAAAAUUUCAAAAAUGUAAAAAGAGUUUUGUGUUCUGUAAAGGACGAGACAAU